AUAAUUAAAAAUAAAUACCUUUUAGUUAGGGAACCAUGAUAAUAUGCGAUUGGCUUCAAGAUUCGGUCAGGAAAUGGUCGACCCAAUGAACAUGCUGACGAUGAUGUUACCGGGUACAGCGAUCACGUACUACGGAGAGGAAAUUGGUAUGGCUGACUUCACGAUAAGAUGGGAUCAGACAGUUGAUCCUUCCGGUAAAAACGGCGGUGAGGCCAAGUUUGAGGUGAACUCAAGAGACCGUGCAGGACCCCUUUCAAUGGAACGAUUCGCAGAACGCCGGUAAAUACCUUAAUGAUCAGC